UUUGGAUUCGGUUCUUAACCCGAAUGAGUAAACGGAUCCGUGUCAGUGACCCGGAUUCUGUUGACUUUUAACUCUCAAUUUUAAAAGACAAAAUUGUUCUUAAUUAUUGUUACCUUGAUUAAUUUGUUCCUCUGUUUAUGGUGAUUAAUUUAUUUAUUUUAUUCUUCAUCUUCUAACCUUCCUGUUACUCUGUAUUUUCUGUUCAUUCGGAUCCAUGAAAAGUUAAAGACAAUGACGCUAUUAUGAGUGAAAAAGAAAAUGAAGCUAAAAAGAUUAAACUUGAUUCCACUGGUAUUGGUUUGAUAGGAUCAUCCGACUCUAACGGACCUAGAAUGUUGAACGAUUCUACAUCCAAUUGUCCAUCUCCUUCACCAUCCAGAGUGGUUCACAUUCGUAAUGUGCCCAUGGAAGCAACCGAAAACGAUGUUCUCAGUAUUGGAACCCCUUUUGGUGAGAUAACCAAUGUUUUACUGAUGAGAGGAAAAGGUCAAGCUUUCCUUGAGUUUGUUGACUCAUUCUCAGCUCAACAAAUGGUUAACUGUUGGUCGGACCCUAACAACUCACCAAUGCAACUUAGUAUUCGAGGUAGACAAGUAUGUGUCCAAUUUUCAAAGCACAAAGAACUUAAAAAAUCUCUUCUUGGACCUAGUAGUGCUGGAUCAGAUAGUAGCUAUCAAAGUAUCUCUCCUACAAAUAGUAGACAUAUGAGUAGCAAUGGUGAUUCUGUUGGAGCGAGUUCAGUUUUCUCUAAUCCAAAUCAUCCACUUAGUGGAUCUAAACAUCUUUGCUCCAUUUGUGGUGAUCGAGCUUCUGGUAAACAUUAUGGUGUUUACAGUUGUGAAGGUUGCAAAGGAUUCUUCAAAAGGACCGUGCGAAAAGAUUUAACCUAUGCUUGUCGUGAAGAACGAGAUUGUAUUAUAGAUAGACGACAAAGGAAUAGGUGUCAAUAUUGUAGAUACCAGAAAUGUCUUACCAUGGGCAUGAAAAGAGAAGCUGUACAAGAAGAAAGACAAAGAAACAAAGAAAAAAAUGAGAACGAAGUUGAAAGCACUAGUAAUUCUCAGAAUGAUAUGCCUGUUGAAAGAAUACUGGAAGCUGAAUUACGAGUAGAACCCAAAAAUGAAGAUCUUGACUCUCACGAUGCAGUUAAUAACAUUUGUCAAGCUGCCGAUCGUCAACUUUACCAGUUAAUUGAAUGGGCUAAACAUAUUCCACAUUUUAGUGAGCUACAUGUUGAUGAUCAAGUCAUCUUGUUGAAAUCUGGAUGGAAUGAACUUCUAAUUGCUGGAUUUUCUCAUCGUUCUAUGAAUGUGAAAGAUGGAAUAGUUUUAGCCACCGGUCUAAUUGUCCAUCGAAACAGUGCUCACCAAGCAGGCGUUGGUGCUAUUUUUGACAGAGUAUUAACUGAAUUAGUAGCUAAAAUGAGAGAAAUGAAAAUGGACAAAACGGAACUCGGAUGUUUACGCUCUAUCGUUUUAUACAAUCCUGAAGCUAAAGGACUAAAAUCAACCUCCCAAGUUGAAAAUCUACGUGAUAAGGUUUACGUAAUACUGGAAGAGCAUUGUAAACAAACUUAUCCUGAUCAGUCAGGACGUUUUGCUAAAUUACUUUUACGAUUACCUGCUUUACGAUCAAUUGGUUUAAAGUGUUUGGAACAUUUAUUUUUCUUCAAACUGGUUGGAAAUACAUCCAUUGACAGUUUCUUGUUGUCCAUGUUAGAAUCUAAUUCAGACUCUUAAGUUUGAAAACAAAACAAAUCAAAUAUUAAUAUCACACACUCAGAGAGAAGGAAAUUUGAUGGUUAUAGUUAAACAAUUACAACAAUCAUGAAAAUUUAAGUUUCUGAAACAAAUUUUUCUCCCCCUGUUAUCAAGUAUAUUUACAUCUUCUAUUUAAUCUUAUACAAAAUUUAGUGAACUGUUUUAAAGACAAACAAAAUCAAAUCUGUUAAUCAAACUGUUUAGUGAUCAAUGUGUGUGAAAGAGACAAAGUAAUUUAUUAUUCGGAGACACACACAAACUUAUCAACCCAAAAAAAUUAGAAAUAAGUUUGUAUUCUUAUGACAAGAUUCUAGUUUUUUUCUUCUGAUUAAUAUUUUGAUUGAGGUUAUAAUCUGUUGAAACAGUUUGUUGCAAAAGCAAAAAAAAAAGAUGAAGAGAAAACUUAAUUUUCAUGAUUGUUAUCCUCAUAUAUCCCCCCCAAUAGUUAAUCCAAUUAAUCAAUUCACUAACAAAUCAAUAAUCUGAAACGUUAUUUAAAUGAUCACUUCGAUGAAAAACACGAAUGAGAAUACCAGCUUGAUCCUGCCUAACCUUUUCAUCAUCUCUCUCUCUCUCUCUUUUUCUUAAUCUCUUUCCCUUUAAUCUAUUUUCAAUUUCACCCAAUUACCUUGAUAAUUUUCCCAUUUCCAUUUCCUUUUCCUUUUUCCUAUUCUCUCAUCCACCAUGUAUACAAAUACCAAUAUCAACAAUCCUUUUGCUAUCUCUCUAUUUCUCCUUCUCUUUAAAUUCAACUGAUUGGAAUUUUGAACCAACCAUCAUUUUUUUGUCACCAUCAUCACACACCAUCAACCAUCAUCAUUAUCAUCAUCAUCAUUUCCACAAGGAAUUAAUUCAUUUUCAUCAUCAUUCCCAGAGACAAAACAAAACACUCAUCAUCUUCAAAGAUAAACAUUUGUUGGACUCAGUGACCAUUUUUUUUUGUUUGCUUAUUAUAUUACCUCAUUAUUUUGAAACCAAAAGAUAAUUACAACUAUAAAGUUGUCAAGCAUCUGAAAGCUUGAGCAUUUAUUUAAGGGUAUUAUUAUUGAUUGUAAACGAAAUCCCUAAUUACAAACAAUUAAAUACAAUAAUGAAGGCAAUACAAUCAA